AUGGCGGGAUCUACGAGCAUGAGAAAAAUACUAGAAGAGUUAAAGUUACAGAACUUGAACGAAAAGUUUGAAUUGGAGAGAAUUGAGAUUGACAAUUUUUUGAGUCUGACAGAGCAGCAGCUGAUUAGGUUGGGUGUAACUACUAUUGGGGAUAGGAUAAGGCUGGAAGAAAAGGUGAAACAAGUACAAAGAAGUAAGGAGAACGAACCAACUGUAGAAACUCUAGCAAGUGACAUCAGAUCACAAAGAAACAUCCUCUUCGGAAGAAACGGAGGUGGUCGUGGUCGAAAAAGUUCCAGAACUCCAAACAAUAUAAAUGAUAACAAACGCGAAAAAGGUUCGAGAUCUUGGACCGUUACUGUUGUCUGUGUGCCUGACAAAGAUGCAACCAAACCCCCAACCACACAACAAAAAGAGGUUAACUUUAAAGCAGGUUUGGGUGAAAAAAGAAUCUGCUUUUCACUGGAUGACAACGAAUCUGCAGUUAUGGAUAAAAUAUCAUCAGACAUAGUUCCUGCAACUUGUACAAGUGACAAUGCCAAUGGAAAGAAGUCUUUAGGUUUUCCUCAAUUAAAAACUUCUGGAGGUUUUGAACUUCUUAAGUGUCGACAAAACAGUCGUGAAUUGUGUAUAAUUGACUGUCAGUGGAAUGCAGGAACAUUAAAAUACUAUUUAGGAGCUCAAGCCAAAAUAUAUGUAAGGCCUAUUCAAAAAUGCCUGUCCACCAAACCAGUAAAUGAAAACAGUGUGCCUGAGCAAUCACAGGUCCACUGUCAUGGCUGCCGACAGAUGUUUACAGUACGUGAACUGAGAAAACAUUUACAAACAUGCAUUAGUCAAAAUAGUGAUAGUGAAAGUGAUGAUUUGCCUGAUCCACAAAUUGGUCCUGAUAAGAAAAGUGACAUUGUCUGUGCUGAUACAAUCAUACAUGUAAUAUUGUUGAUCUCACUGAUCAGGUCAAUGAGACUGAGAGUGCCAAUGUCAACUGAGAGUGCCAAUGUCAGUACUGAUAAUCUUGUUGAUCUGAUCACUGAUCAGGUCAAUGAGACUGAGAGUGCCAAUGGCAGUACUGCCAUGAGUGCCAAUCUUGAGCAUCAUGAAAAUUCAGAACACAUUGACAUUAUUAUUGAAAAAGCCAUUGAAUACUGCAUAGAAAAUGAUAUGCAAAAUCCAGUGGAAAUACUGAGAUAUCUUCAAACAGUGGUUGUAAAAGGAAGACAGCUAGAAAUAGCUGAUCUGUCACAAUGUGACGAAGGAGAAACCAGCUUUAUAAUGGUUGAUAGGAGCAAUAUAUUACAAACAGCAUUUGAUGAAAUAAAUUCCAUAACAGAUAAAAAUUUAAGGUUGACAUUGGAAGUGCAGUUUUAUGAUGAGACUGCUGUUGAUCAAGGUGGACCUAGAAAGGAGUUUUUCUCAAUAGUUCUGUUUGCCAUAAAAGAGAAAUAUUUUGACAAAGGACUCCGAGAGUUUUUGGCAGCUGACUACACAACUGUUGGAAAAAUCAUAGGGUUAAGUACACUACAGAAUGGCACAGUUCCAAAAUUUCUUGAAGAAAACAUCUUGGAUAGGUUAUUUUCAAACAAUAAAGCAGAAGAGUCCAUUUGUAUACAAAAUCUUAGAAAUGGCUUAGAUUGUCUUGGCUUAAUCAAGAUUGGUAGCGUAUUGCCUAUGUUUAUACAUCUUUUUCGAACCAGCAGCUCAACACUCACAAUAAGAGCUUUCAUACAACUACUACAGCCAAGAUUUUCCGAGGAAGGAUCAAAUAGUAGACGUUAUGAGAAUUUCGUGUAUUCAGCAUAUCUGAAAUAUUUGAGAGCAGCUGCAAGUGGUAGAAGAGGAGCUGUAUGCCUGAAAGAUAUUAUGCAGUUUGUAACAGGUACUCCAGAAGAACCUGUUCUUGGUUUUACCCUGCAUCCAUCCAUUGAUUUUGUUGAGAUUAAAUCUGAUACAAGUUUUAUUCCAACUGCAAGUACAUGUACCAACACCAUGAAAUUGCCAAGACCUUCUGUUGAAAUUUCUUUACCACCAGAAGAAGACCUGUUUGCAUUGUACGAUUAUGCAUUUGCAAAUACAUAUUAUGGACUGAUGUAA